ACAGGGCGUCUCAUGGACCUGUCGCCAGGCUGUCUGGUAACAACGGGAUCCCCAUGUGUCACCAAACGUCAUCUAGAGUUCCAUUUCCAUUUCCACUUCCGUUUCCCUUUCCGAUUUUCGCCACGAGCCGAGUCAGUUGAUAGUUCGUCUGAAAAACGUGUCCCAGCCGAGAAAAGUUUUGAGUUUCCAAUGGAAUUCCCCCACCGAUUUGCGAAUAAACCCAAUUAUCAGUCGCGUAGCGGCAAUUCGCAAGACGGUGCAUUUCCAGGAAGUGGUAGUGGUAGUGGUGGUGCAAGUGGUGCUAGUGGUGGCUUGAAUACCGGUGGCGGUCUACGCUUUCAGGGCGGCGGUCGCGGUGGACGCCAUCAUCAUAACCAGUCAUCGUGCCCCGGACCGAGGAAUCAGAAUUUUUCCCAUCCCCGUAACUCGCCACGUGCUCCAAGGAACCAUAAUGGUACCUUCAAUAAUAAUAGUAGUGUGAUUCUUGAUACUGUUCAGGAGGAUUCGGUAGAUCCAACACCUCCUGUACCGACUGCUCCACCUCCAUCAGAUCCACCACCACCGCCGCCGCCGCCGCCGCCGGACGAUGCCAGUCCGGAGCAGUCCGAGUCGAACCGAUCGCCUCCUCCGGCGGAUGCUACUUUUGAAGGCACUAUUGGCUUCUACAAUAAUGGUUGCUGGUACAACUCGGAGGUGGGUCAGCUGUCUGCCGAGAAUGACCAAGUGGAGGAUGAAAAGGAGGAGCUGGAUCAGAUGGAGGAAGAGUUUCUGGAGGAAGAGGAGCAGACGGAGAGUGAUCUGGAGACUGAGAACGGGCAGGUUGAAAAUCCCGAUCAGGAACAGCAGCAGAUUAUCGAAAAUUAUGAGAUGGAGCCUCAGGAGGAGGUUCCAUACUAUGAUAUGGAGGAGCCUCAGGAGGAGGUUCCAUACUAUGAUAUGGAGGAGCAAGAGGAGGAAUCGGUCGCUUUGCCGCUUUCCCCGCCGCCAUCGCCACCGAUUUUUCCGCCAGAGCAGUAUAAUGUGAUGGUGCCAGUAGUGGAGGCCCCACCGCCUCCUACACCACCGCCGCCGCCACCACCAGUCCGCCCGGAGCCGCCGCCACGCCCUCCACAGUCACCACCACCGCCGGCACACCACGAACCGGCCGCACGUCCCGUCCAAAUGGUAAUCCCACCUCCGAUCCAGGCUGUGCCCCAGCCAAUACAUCAUCCCACCUAUGUGGCCGUCGCAUCAGGACACCACAUAAUCGCCAUGCCACCGCAGAUCCAGGGCCAGAUCAUGAUGCCACCGAUGCAGGGGCACUACGCCGUCCAGAUGCCGGCCCAGAUUCCCAUGCAGGCUCCGAUGCAGCCACAGAUGCCGGGCCACUACCAGGGCCACUUCCAGAUGCCUGCCCAAAUGCCAGCCCAGAUGACCGCACACAUGCCACAUCAUGCCCAGCCGGCGAUCAUGCAUGCCGUCCACCAUGCUCGCCAGAUUCCGCCGGCGAUCUCGGGUCCGAUCUAUGCCAGUCCUCCUCGCCCGGAGCCGCAAGUGCCACAAGUGGCGCCGUCGCCGUCGCCGCCGCCACCGCCGGUUGUGGAGGUGAAGGUGGCCCCCGGAGUCAGCGUUACCAAGUCCUCCGACAAGCUCACCAUCGACAUCGAGUUCUCCGCCCUGAAGGAAGAGGCCCCGCCACCGCCGCCGCUUCCUCCUCCGCCCGCACGUAACGUCGUGGAGGAGUCCUACUCCAAUAUGUUCAAAAUCAUCGGCCGUCACGUGAUCGUGCGCCGUAAGUCGGUGCUUUCCAGGAACCGCCUGGUCAGGGGCUCCUUGAAGGACAGACAUGACAAGCUGGAGGCCUUCCAGAAGAUGGUGACGCCGCCGUCGCCUGAGGAGGAGUGUAAGGACAUGGAAGCGGAUACUCCACCGAUGGAGGACGACCAAGACCCCUCGAACGAGACGGAUCUAGAGCAGCCUCCAUUGCCGGCUGAGGAGCAGAUCCAGCCACCAGUUGCUUCUCCUGAUGUGGAACCAGUUCCACCGCCCAUUCCGGCUCCUGUGCCGGACGAAGUCCCUCCACCGAAACAAGUUGAAGUCAAAGAGACCCUCAAGGUGGUCCAGAUUCCGCAUUCCGAGGUGAAGAUCCUUCAGAGGGUGGUCAAGCCGCAGGAAGUGAAGCCCACUCCCCUGGAGCUGGACCAUAAGAGUAUCCAGACCGAUGUUAUAGCCAUUCCGAAGUCGAUUCCGGCUAAGCCUCCGGCUCCUCCCAGAGGCAAGGCCACUGUCCAGCAGGAUUGCAAGGCCCUGCAGACUGAUCCUCCGGUGGUGAAGAUUCUGACCCGGAAGCAUCUGGCGGAGGACAAGCAGGUUACGGCGCACAUUAAGCCGGAGAUGCGGCAGGUCACGGCCAUCCUGAAGGCGGAAGUGCGGCAGGUCACGGCCAUCCUGAAGCCGGAAGAGCGGCAGGUCACGGCCAUCCUAAAGCCGGAAACGAAAGCGCCGACGAACAUGAAGCCCGAACCAAAGCCGGAGGUCAAGCCGGUUGCUCCUCCAAAGUAUAAGGAAGCAAAACCCACCCAUCUAGAGCAGAAAAAAGACGUAUCCACUGGGACUCCCCCAUCCAAAGCUUCGUCUAAUCCUCCGAAAAGCAGCAAGACGCCGGAGAGCCCAGUGGUGAACAUCAGCUACUGGCCGCCUCUGGGAACUCGCCAGUCCGCCAAGUCCCUGCCGAAGCCACCGAACUCGUCGGGACGCAACGGACCCCGGCAGUACUACGGCGAUCGCAGUCCUAUGAAGAGCCGUCGUCGCUCCACCGACUCCUACUUCCUGGAAACCAUCAUCAACGAAAACCUGGUGACUUCCAAGCGGGUUGUCCUCCGCGAAGCCAACUCCAACCUGGUCCAGUCCACGCGCAUCUUCCGGAAUCAGGGUCCACCCGAAAGGGAACUUAAGGUGACGCCUCCUGCCGGCAGGAACGGCCGUGAAUCCCCCCAGAAGCCCGUGGAGAAGUCACCAGUGCCUCCGUCACAGAACAAUGUGCUGCCCAAGAUGCAGGGACAACCGAAAGCCCAGACCAACGCAUCACCUCAGAGCAGUCUUCCGCCGAAGGCCCAGAACAGUGGCCAGCACUCAAGCGCUGCCAGGAAUCAUCCCACAUCGCAUCAUCAUCCUCCAGGCCAGGGCCACCACCACAAUCAUAAUGCCCAAGGUAGGGCUCCUACUGGCUCGCAUCUUCUGCCCAAACCCCAUGGCAGAUCCCCUCCAUCCCAGGCCCAGACUGUGGUCUCCAACAUGUUCGAUUUGCUCGAGGAAUCCGAUACCCUGUCCUCCGAGCUGGAGGAGGUGAGUGCCCCGGACGAGGCCAACAAGGAGAACAAUCCGGGCGGUCCUAAGGGCCCUGCCAAGUCCAAGAAGCAGAAGAGACGCCUCAAGAAGGAGCAGCGGGCCCAAAAGAAGUCCACCAUGAAGGCCAAGAAGCGGGCCGCCAAGGAGGCCAAGCAACUAAGGGAGGCUCAAGAAGCUAUCGAGGCCAUGGAGGCUCUAGAGGCGAUUGAAGCCAUGGAGGCUUUGGAGGCGAUGGAGGCCCUCAAGGCGAUGAGGGCCAUGAACGCCCGGGAGGCGGAUGAGGAGAGGGAGGAGCGAGAGGAGAGGGAGGGGCGAGAGGAGAGGGAGCGAGAUGUGGCUCUGGUGGAGGCGGCCCGGGUGGAAAGAGAGGCCCAGAUGGCCAGGGAUGCCCAGCAGGCCAUUGAUGUCGCCGAAGAGGCCGAUGCUGCUAUACGGGCCUUGGAGGCAUUCGACAUCGACGAUGAAGGUGGGUACGACGACCGAGUUGAGGGCGCCCAUGGAGGCCAGGAUUACCCAGUCCAGGGACAGAACUACGGACCAAUUCCACCACCUCCGCCUCCGCCACCACCGCUAUCGCUGCCCCACGAUGAUCCUCCUCGGGCGAACUAUACCUCGGGCAUUGUUCCGAACCAACUGGUUCCGGAGAACUGGCUCUUCAACGACCUUAUCGAGAACGUUAGCGCCCCCGGCCGGGUCAUCGUCAUCGAGGAGAUCCCGCCCGAACAGCGAGCACUCCAGUCGACCGAACCUGAAGAGGGGGCAUCCGAGCCGAUCGGGCUGCCGAUUCCGGUCGAGUUCCAGGUGCCAGUGCCGGGUAACGUGCCGGUGUCUGUGUCCGUGUCGGUUCCUAUGGACUUUGGCCACUUGAACCACCCACAGGGCGGGGUGCCUCUGGGAGCUUACGACAUUGACGAGCGGGAUCCGGCCUUCCAGGAGCAGGUGCAGCAGCAGCGAGCGCAGGCGUGGCUUGAGCCGGACCAUGAGCCGGAGUGGAUUGUGCCGGACGAGGUGCCUGAUCGCGACCCGGAUCUGAUUCUGCCGCAUCACGUGCCGCACUACGAGCCGGAGAUGAUUGUGCCGGACCGGGAUCCGGAUCCGUAUGAGUACGUGCCGCAGCGGCUGGAGCAAGGAAGUGAUGGAGAGGAAGCUGGAGACGACAUCGUUGAACUCCCAUUGCCCAGAUUCCCAUCGGAGGGCGAUGUGGCAGCCGGAGGCUCGGCCGAAGAUCCAGUAGGAAGUUCCAUCGAAGACGGUGAAGAGGUCGGCGACGAAGUGGCCUCUGGGAUGGAUGGCGGGAACGGGGCAGCUGGCGGCGGUCCCGGGUGGAGCCGAUUCCUCUCCGCGGUGACGGUGGCCGUGCGGGACACUCCGUCGCGCCACGGCCGACCGGGCCUGAAGCAGGCCAUGGCAUCCUCGAAGCGGGAGCUCUGGGAGAAGCGCAAGGCCCGCGCCAAUCUCCGCUCCAAGUCCGACAAGGACAAGGGAGGAGGACCCCAGCCCAAAAAAUAAUUCAAAUCAUUUACUAAUCUUCACUAAUUUCAUGCUCGCAUUUUAUACUUACAACUUUAUUAAAUACUAAUCUUAACCCAUUAUUUUAACAAAUGUUUUUAUUUUAUUUUU